AUGUCGUACUCAUUAAACAGAUUUCAGUCAAUGCAGAGGAUAACAUAUAUUAUGAUGAAAGAUGUAAAGUUCAAUGUUUCCCUCUCCCGCCAAAGGAAGAUGUUCCCAUCAGGGAAGGACUGUGGUUCUGCAGUUGGAGUUGUGAAGGAGGUGAAUGUGAGCCCCUGCCCCUCACAGCGCUGUGAACUUCACAAAGGACAACCCUACCCUGUCAAUGUCACUUCCACCAGCAAUACCGAAUCUCACAGCAGCACAGCAGCGGUAUAUGGCAUCCUGAUAGGCGCUGAAAUCCCCUUUCACAUUCCUGAGUCUGAUGGUUGUAAGAGUGGCAUCAGCUGCCCCAUCCAGAAAGACAAGACCUGCAGCUACCUGAACAAGCUGCCGGUCAAGAGCAUACACCCUCCUAUAAAGCUGUUGGUGGAGUGGAAACUUCUAGAUGACCAGCAAAAAAUUAUCUUCUGCUGGAGAAUCCCGCUGCAGAUCAAAGGCUAG